AUGGCUGAAAUGCAGAAAAAAAUUGACAAAUUAGAAAACACGGUGAAGGAAGAGAAAACCAAACGACAAGGAUUAGAAAAGGACAUUUCAGACCUAAAGGAACAGUUGCAGAAGAAAGACAAAGCUAUGUCCGACUCGGACUCCUUCCAAAACUUCAACGAUUCGGCCCAGACGACUGCAUCUUCCCCAACUGACCCUGCUCUUCUGGGCGCCCAAGUGCAGGAAGUGAUUAAAGGCAUGGCUGAAAUGCAGAAAAAAAUUGACAAAUUAGAAAACACGGUGAAGGAAGAGAAAACCAAACGACAAGGAUUAGAAAAGGACAUUUCAGACCUAAAGGAACAGUUGCAGAAGAAAGACAAAGGCGCCCAAGUGAAGGAAGUGAUUAAAGGCAUGGCUGAAAUGCAGAAAAAAAUUGACAAAUUAGAAAACACGGUGAAGGAAGAGAAAACCAAACGACAAGGAUUAGAAAAGGACAUUUCAGACCUAAAGGAACAGUUGCAGAAGAAAGACAAAGCUAUGUCCGACUCGGACUCCUUCCAAAACUUCAACGAUUCGGCCCAGACGACUGCAUCUUCCCCAACUGACCCUGCUCUUCUGGGCGCCCAAGUGCAGGAAGUGAUUAAAGGCAUGGCUGAAAUGCAGAAAAAAAUUGACAAAUUAGAAAACACGGUGAAGGAAGAGAAAACCAAAAGACAAGGAUUAGAAAAGGACAUUUCAGACCUAAAGGAACAGUUGCAGAAGAAAGACAAAGGCGCCCAAGUGAAGGAAGUGAUUAAAGGCAUGGCUGAAAUGCAGAAAAAAAUUGACAAAUUAGAAAACACGGUGAAGGAAGAGAAAACCAAACGACAAGGAUUAGAAAAGGACAUUUCAGACCUAAAGGAACAGUUGCAGAAGAAAGACAAAGCUAUGUCCGACUCGGACUCCUUCCAAAACUUCAACGAUUCGGCCCAGACGACUGCAUCUUCCCCAACUGACCCUGCUCUUCUGGGCGCCCAAGUGAAGGAAGUGAUUAAAAGCAUGGCUGAAAUGCAGAAAAAAAUUGACAAAUUAGAAAACACGGUGAAGGAAGAGAAAACCAAACGACAAGGAUUAGAAAAGGACAUUUCAGACCUAAAGGAACAGUUGCAGAAGAAAGACAAAGAGAUUGAAGAUUUGAAAAGAUUCAAAGUUAAUGGCAAGAAAAAUAUCAAUACUGUGUACCAAAAGGUGUUCAACAAGGAAAGUAAAAUGAAGCGCUACUUGUCUUAUAAGGAUGAAAUGAAAAGACUUGAAGAUAUGCUUAGAGAUAUACCAACCGAUGAGGAAUCAAUAAAUGAAGAGGAUGAAGAAAUAAAUGAUGAUGAAAUCUUUAGCGAGCACAAUUCUUCUUCAGAGGAUGAUCUUGAUUCUGAUGAAGAUUUAUAUAAAAGCACAGACAUUUUGUCUCAAAACUGCUACGUUGGCAAAGACGGCACAAAAUGGAGCAAAAUUAAAAACCGUCAAAAUUUCCGAAUUCUACGUGCUUCUGGAUAA